AUGACUAUGACAGAAAUGGAUAGAUCAGAUACAUCAGUACAGGAAGCAUCACACCAACAAGUGCUAAAAGGCGCAGAACAGCAUAAUCGAUCAAGGUCAUUGACAUCGUUGCAGAGCAUGUUUACUCGCCGGAAACGACUCUCUUUACAACGAUCCACUUCUCAGUUAUCCGCACAUAGAACUACAGCACUCUCUGCUUGUACAUUACCGUCAUCUUCUUCAACUUUCUCAUCCAGCUCCAGAAAGGAAAGCACAUUUAACAAAAUUCUACAUCUACUUCCAUUUAAAGGCAAUGACAAAUACACGUUGUCUCUCGCAAACACAUCAGCGCUGCCAUCUCAAAAGUCUCUUGAAUUCGAAGCCUUACUAGAGGAAUAUCCAAGUCGAACUAUCAAGACAAGCUUGACACCGUGCACAGCUGCUUGA